GUUCACCACUACCACUUCCUAAACACCCUGGAUUGGCCAAUGCUCUCGCCAUGGAUCUCAAAGGUGCGCGUGACGCUACUUUCCGGGUCCCUAUCUCGAGCAAGGAGUUCGUCAAUGUCAAAAUCCAUGUGCCGGCCAUCAGAGCACAAGGCCUCAAUCUCCUACCAUGGGCAUCAACCUACGUCCUCGCAUGUCAGCUUCACAAUCUCGGUAUCAACCCACCUCGCGAAGAAAGCUUGAACAUCCCCAUAUUAGAACUCGGAGCUGGGAUAGGACUUGUCGGUUUAGUCGGCUCGAUGAUAUGGCACCAGCGCGCCAUACUGACAGACCUCCCGCAAGUUGUUCCGGGACUCACGACCAACAUCGAUCUAAAUUCGAAACUAAUACACCAUUACAAUGGGUCAGUCAGCGCGGGAUCACUAGACUGGACUGAGCCAGAUACUCUCACACUGCACGAUGGCAGCACCAUCUCGGCCCGUGGGACCAAAGCGAAUAUCGUGAUGGCCGCGGACACCAUCUACGAUGAACAACAUCCGGAAAUGCUUACUCAGACAAUUCUCCGGUGGCUCGCUCCAGGACGUGAUGCCAGGUUGAUCAUAGUAUAUCCCCUGCGUAUAGCCUACCUGGACCAAAUCCGUGAGCUAUGGGAGCGCCUUGAAAAUGCAGGUCUGGAAGCUAUAUUAGAAGGCACAAAGGAGGCCGAAGAGAUCGACAACACUUCUUGGGACGACGAACGGCUUUGCGAGUGGAGUGUAUGGAGAUGGAGGAUAGAUGAGGACUCAUCUGGAAGUGAUAGUUCGUCUUGAGGUAUGCUCUAUAGUGAUUAUGGGUCAAGCAUGUGGGAUUAGACGUGGUUGGGAUAGAUUUCGCUAAAAGAUAGAUUCUGCUAAUCAACGAUCGAAUGCUGCUAUUUCGCCAUGGCUACACAUUCGAUCGAAACUAGACCACUUCGAGGUAGCUCGUCGCGAAAGCAGAACUGCAAGGGGUUCAAGAUUACAAAGUAUUCCUCAUUUGCAACGUUGACUCCUACAGACUCAUUAACCU